GGCGCGGGAGAUGCCGGGCCGAACCGCGGCCGCCUGAGCCGCCCGCCUAGUCCCCCGCCUUCCGUCGGAGGAUGUGCGCCCAGGUGGCGGGGCGCGCGGCAGCGGCCCCCGGGGGGCCCUGCGGCCCCUGGCUCAGCCUCCUGAUGGCCCUCGCCCUGGACGUCGUGAGAGUGGGCUGUGACCAGGACCCCCUGGACCCCGUCUACCUGCCGGCAGCCCUGGAGCUCCUGGAUGCCCCUGAGCACUUCCGCGUGCAGCAGGUGGGCCACUACCCACCGGCCAACUCCACCCUGGGCUCCCGAUCUGAGACCUUUCUGCUCCUGCAGCCGUGGCCUAGGGCCCAGCCACUCCUCCGGGCCUCCUACCCACCCUUCACCACUCAGCAGGUGGUCCCUCCCCAGGUCACUGAGCCCCACCAGCAGCCAGUCCCAUGGGAUGUGCGAGCCGUGUCGGUGGAAGCAGCCGUGACUCCAGCGGAGCCCCAUGCCCGUGUCCUCUUCCAUCUCAAAGGGCAGGAUUGGCCGCCGGGGCCCAGCAGCCUGCCCUGUGCUCGGCUCCAUGCCAAACACCCUGUGGGCAAUGCUCACAGAGCCUGCCGCUUCCAGCCGUCCCUGGGGGCCUGCGUGGUGGAGCUGGAGUUCCCUUCACACUGGUUCUCUCAGGCGUUCACCACACGGGCGGAGCUGGCCUAUACACUGGAGCCUGCAGCCGAGGGCCCUGGAGGCUGUGGCCCUGGUGGGGAGGAGGACCCUGGGAAGCAGGCACUUCCAGUUGGUGGCGUGGAGCUGCGGCCGGCAGACCCCCCACAGUACCAAGAGGUGCCCCUGGACGAGGCCGUGACUCUGCGGGUGCCCAACGUGCCCGUACGGCCUGGCCAGGUCUUCAGUGCCACCCUGCUUCUUCGGCACAAUUUCACAGCUGGCCUCCUGACCCUGCGGAUCAAGGUGAAGAAGGGGCUGCAUGUGAUGGCCGCCCGCCCAGCCCAGCCCACCAUCUGGACUGCCAAGCUGGACCGCUUCAAAAGUUCAAAGCACCACACCACCCUCAUCACCUGUCACCGUGCUGGGUCCUCAGGGCCAGACACCAGCCCCCUUCAACUGUCUGAGUUCCUGUGGGUGGACUUUGCGGUGGAGAAUGGCACCGGUGGGGGCGUGGCAGUCACUCGCCCCGUCACUUGGCAGCUGGAGUACCCCGGCCAGGCCCCUGAGGCAGAGAAGGACAAAAUGGUGUGGGAGAUCCUGGUGUCGGAGCGGGACAUAAGAGCCCUCAUCCCACUGGCUAAGGCAGAGGAGCUGGUGAAUACGGCACCGCUGACUGGAGUACCCCGGCGAGUCCCUGUGCGCCUUGUCACUGUAGACAGUGGGGGGGCCCUCGUGGAGGUGACAGAGCAUGUUGGCUGUGAGUCAGCCAACACACAGGUCCUGCAGGUGUCCGAGACCUGUGAUGCUGUGUUUGUGGCCGGCAAGGAGAGCCGGGGUGCUCGAGGGGUCCGGGUAGACUUCUGGUGGCGGCGGUUGCGGGCCUCACUGCUGCUGACCGUGUGGGCCCCGCUGCUGCCCCUGCGCAUUGAGCUGACCGACACCACCCUGGAGCAGGUCCGCGGUUGGAGGGUCCCCGGCCCAAUGGAGGGGGCCGCGGAGCCCGAGGCUGCAGCUGGGGCGGAGGAAGCGGAGCGGCGAGCCCGCGGCUGCCGCUUGCAGUACCAGCGCGCCGGCGUGCGCUUUCUCGUCCCCUUCGCGGCCCACCCGCUGGACGGCGGCCGCCGCCUCACCCACUUACUCGGGCCUGACUGGCUGCUGGACGUGUCCCACCUUGUGGCGCCGCACGCCCGCGUGCAGGACCCGCGCAUAGCCUCGUUGGAGGGCGGCCGCGUCCUGGUGGGCCGGGAGCCCGGCGUCACCUCCAUCGAGGUGCGUUCCCCACUCUCUGACUCCAUCCUGGGGGAGCAGGCGCUGGCUGUGACGGACGACAAGGUCUCGGUGCUGGAGCUGCGGGUGCAGCCAGUGAUGGGCAUCUCGCUGGCCCUGAGCCGGGGCACUGCCCACCCCGGGGAGGUCACAGCCACAUGUUGGGCACAGUCAGCCCUCCCUGCUCCAAAGCAGGAAGUGGCCCUCUCCCUGUGGCUGUCCUUCUCGGACCACACCCUCGCCCCUGCUGAGCUCUACAACCGCAGUGACCUGGGACUGUCCAUCUUGGCUGAGGAGCCUGGCGCCAUCCUGCCAGCCGAGGAGCAGGGCGCCCAGCUCGGGGUGGUGGUGAGUGGGGUGGGUGCUGAGGGGCUGUCCCUGCAUGUGGCUCUGCACCCGGCUGAGCCCUGCCGCCGGGGCCGCCACCGAGUGCCCCUAGCCUCUGGCACUGCCUGGCUAGGGCUGCCCCCUGCCCCCACCCCAGCCCCUGCCCUCCCAUCCAGCCCAGCCCGGAGCCCACCAGCCACAGAGGCCAGCCUGGGUGGUGGAAGGUGGGCAGUGGGCAGUGUGGGGGGUCGUGAGGGUGUGAGGGGCAAGUUUGAGCCGGUAGAGGAGGAGGCUGGGAAGGAGGAGGCCGAGGCCAGGGAGGAGGACGAGGAGGAGAUGGUGCCUGCCCCUCAGCGGGUCACCGACCUGGAGCUGGGCAUGUACGCCCUGCUGGGCAUCUUCUGUCUGGCCAUCCUCAUCUUCCUGGUCAAUGGUGUGGUCUUCGUGCUGCGCUACCAGCGCAAGGAGCCUCCUGAUAGCGCCACCGACCCUGCCUCCCCCCAGCCCCACAACUGGGUCUGGCUGGGCACUGACCAGGAGGAACUGAGCCGUCAGCUGGACCGGCGGUCCCCUGGCCCUGCCAAGGGGGAGGGGGGCUGCCCCUGCGAGAGUGGGGGAGGAGAGGAGGCCCCAGCCCUGGCUCCCGGCCCCCCCGGGGGCACCACCGGCUCCUCCAGCACCCUGGCCCGAAAGGAAGCUGGGGGGCGGCGGAAGCGCGUUGAGUUUGUGACGUUUGCACCAGCGCCCCCAGCCCAGCUGCCUGAGGAGCCCGCAGGGGCCCCUGCUGUGCAGUCCAUCUUGGUGGCGGGUGAGGAGGACAUCCGCUGGGUGUGUGAGGACAUGGGGCUGAAGGACCCGGAAGAGCUGCGCAGUUAUAUGGAAAGGAUUCGCGGCAGCUCCUGACCUCGUCCCCACCUGCCUAGUGGUCUUCAGGCCAGCAGCCCGGGUAGCAGGCAGCCUCCUGCCUGCCUCCCCUGCUGGUCCUCUGAUCCAAAUCCCCUGCCUGGUCCCCUCACGAGGACUACCACCUAGGACCCCAGUGCCCCAUCCCUUGUCCUAGACCAUGGUCGUGAGGAAAGACUCGUGCCCCUUAUUUAUGAGAACCAUUUCAUUCUUUGUUGGGUACAUAAUAAAGCGAGAAGGAAAUCACA